AAUGCAAGAAUUUUAUAAUAACAAAAGUAAAUAUAGAGAAGAAAAAGUGUGUAGUUUCAAUACAAUCGCCCGGCGGAGUUAACUCUUAUCCCCUCCAUUUUUCUUCCUUGAACCUCCUCCGGCUUUCCUUCGAUAUAUACUUACAUAUAAUGUAUGUAUCUAAAACCCCUUAAUUCCCUGAUUUUUCUUCACAAACAUCAUCGUGACCUCAAUGUAUUCGACUCUCACUACAACUCAAAACCCUUUCUCUAAAAUCCCUUCAUUUCCCACACUCAAUCGGCGCCGCAUUAAGUUCCGGACCCAUUUUUACAUCAAUUCAUCGCAGAAACCCAAAACCCAGAUCAGAAAUGCUGUUAAAUUUGUUCCAUUCUCAGAAUCUUUGAUACCCACGAGAAGAAAAAAUGAAAAUGACCCGGUUUUGAGUAGCGCAGAUAAUGUGCUUGAUGAAAUUACUAAACGAGUUUUGUUGACGGUUUUUUGUUUUGUUGUUGGGUUAUGUUCGUUUGGUGGGUUGUCGAGACCUAGAGCGGUUUUAGCUGCUCCUGUGGCUACUGAGGUGGUGAAGAAAUCGAAAAAGUCGAAAGGGAAAGAGAAGGAGUUGAGGAAAGUUAAGGAGAGUGAGAAGGUUUUGAAGCCAGUUAAGGGGGACUAUUAUUCAGAUUAUACGAAAAGAUUGUUGGAGAUUGUAUCAGGUUUGCUUAGGAGUAUUAAGGAGGUUGAAUUGGGUAAAGGGGACGUGCGAGAUGUUAAGACGUGGUUGAAGAAGGUUAAGUUGAAGAAACAAGAGUUGCAGGAUGAGCUUUUGAGGAAAUUUGACGAGGAACUUGAUAUUUGGAAAGAAGAGGUGGAUGUUUUAACUAGAAAGUCUGAUAAAGUACUUGACAAAGUGAUGAGUGCGAGGAAAGAGAGGGAGAGUUUAGAGGAUGAGAAUGCUAAGGAACAGAUUAUGAAGUUGGAAGAGGAAAUGAGUAUCGGUGAGAAGGAAUAUAAUGAGAUUAUGGACCAAAUAGAUGAGAUUGAGGAUAAUUUGUCCAUGAAGGAGGCACUCUUGUUUCAUGUUGCUGUGAGGGAGAUUUCGUAUAUUGAGAGAGAAUGUCAGCUUCUUGUUGAGAAUUUUAACAGGAAUUUAAGGCUGAAAAACAUUGACAGUGUAUCCAAAAGCUCUCUUACUAAGCUCUCUAGACUUGAUAUUCAGAAUGAGCUGAAAUCCACUCAAAGGCAACUCUGGGAACAAAUGAUUUUGCCAAGUGUCAUGGAAAAUGAUGAUAAUGAACUUCCUUUUGAUCAAGAUUCUACUGAUUUUGUUGAGCGUAUAAAGAAAGCACUUGAAGACUCGAGAGAGAUGCAAAGGAAUCUAAAUUCUGGAAUCAGGAAAAAUAUGAAAAGGUUUGGUGAUGAGAAACGUUUUAUCGUCAAUAGCCCAGUAGCUGACAUUGUCAAGGGUUACCCAGAAAUUGAGUCAAAAUGGAUGUUUGGAAAUAAAGAAGUUGUUUCCCCGAGAGCUGCUAGCAACCAUUUACAUCAUAGUUGGAAAAAGUGGAGAGAAGAUGUGAAGGCAGAUCUCAAAAAAGAUUUGUUAGAAGAUGAGGAAUUUGGUAAAAAAUAUGUAGCUCAAAGACAGGAGCGUAUUCUUCUGGAUCGGGAUAGAGUCGUUUCCAAGACUUGGUAUAACGAAGAAAAAAAUAGACGUGAAAUGGAUCCAAUAGCUGUUCCUUAUGCUGUGUCUCGGAAACUUGUUGAGAGUGCACGGAUCAGGCAUGACUGGGGUGCCAUGUAUGUUACGCUAAAAGGGGAUGACAAGGAAUAUUAUGUUGAUACUAAGGAAUACGAUAUGCUGUUUGAAGGCUUAGGAGGGUUUGAUGGGUUAUAUAUGAAGAUGCUUGCUUCAGAUGUUCCCACAUCCAUUCAGCUAAUGUGGAUCCCUUUUUCAGAGUUGAGUAUUGGUCAACAUCUUCUCUUGAUGAUGAGGUUUGCCUACCAAUCCUGGAUGGGUGUUUGGAAUUCUGGAAAUGUAACUGUUGUACGUCAAAAGAUCUUUGAGAGGUUUAAGAACUUAAAUGAGGACAUAUUGUUGGUGAUUGUCUUCCCUAUAGUGGAGUUUGUAAUCCCAUCAUCGUCAGCAGGCUUAGCAUGGUAUAUGGAUUGGCUGACUGUUGCUGAUAUGAAUUUUAGAUCUCGUAAUUCACUUGAUUUUGUUUGGUAUCUUGGAUUCACUGUUAGAACAGUCAUCUACGGAUAUGUGCUACUUCAUGUUUUCCGAUUUAUGAAGCGGAAAAUCCCAAGACUUCUAGGUUUUGGGCCUUUGCGCAGAGAUCCAAAUAUGAGGAAGUUGCGGAGAUUGAAAGCUUAUUUUAGAUAUAGGAAGAGGAGUAUGAAGAGGAAGAGAAAGGCUGGUGUUGAUCCGAUAAGCACCGCUUUUGAUCAAAUGAAGAGAGUGAAGAAUCCACCUAUAGAGUUGAAGAACUUCUCGAGCAUUGAUUCCAUGAGAGAAGAAAUCAACGAAGUUGUUGCAUUUUUGAAAAAUCCCCGUGCCUUUCAAGACAUGGGAGCCCGUGCACCUAGGGGCGUUCUUAUAGUAGGAGAAAGAGGAACUGGUAAGACAUCUUUAGCACUGGCAAUUGCUGCAGAAGCUAAGGUUCCUCUUGUUGAAGUUAAAGCUCAACAACUGGAAGCUGGUUUAUGGGUUGGACAGAGUGCCUCAAAUGUCAGAGAGCUCUUCCAAACAGCACGGGAUCUGGCUCCUGUCAUUAUAUUUGUUGAGGACUUUGAUCUCUUUGCUGGUGUCCGCGGUAAGUUCCUUCACACGAAGAAGCAGGAUCAUGAAGCUUUUAUUAAUCAACUUCUUGUGGAACUUGACGGAUUUGAGAAACAGGAAGGGGUCGUGUUAAUGGCUACGACACGAAAUCUUAAACAGAUUGACGAGGCAUUACAACGUCCUGGUCGGAUGGAUAGAAUAUUCCAUCUUCAGCAGCCAACUCCGACUGAAAGAGAGAAGAUACUUCUGACAGCAGCUAAAGAAAGUAUGGAUAAUGAAAUUAUUGAUUAUGUUGAUUGGAGUAAGGUUGCGGAAAAAACCUCUAUUUUACGUCCUGCAGAACUCAAGCUCGUUCCUGUGGCAUUGGAGGGUAGCGCCUAUAGAAGUAAAUUUCUGGACACAGAUGAAUUAAUGAGCUACUGCAGUUGGUUUGCGACCUUCAGCAAUUCAGUUCCUGAAUGGGUGAGAAAAACUAAGAUAGGGAAAGGCAUUAGUAAAAUGCUUGUAAAUCAUCUUGGAUUGACACUGACAAAAGAGGAUUUGCAAAGUGUGGUUGAUCUUAUGGAGCCGUAUGGACAAAUAAGUAACGGCAUUGAACUCCUAAGUCCUCCUCUUGAUUGGACAAGAGAGACAAAGUUUCCACAUGCUGUUUGGGCUUCAGGGAGAGGUCUCAUUGCUCUUCUACUGCCAAACUUUGAUGUUGUUGAUAAUCUGUGGCUUGAGCCUUUUUCUUGGGAGGGAAUAGGAUGCACAAAAAUUACCAAGGCUAAAAAUGAAGGUUCUAUGAAUGGGAAUGUCGAAUCAAGAUCUUACCUUGAGAAAAAACUUGUUUUUUGUUUUGGUUCUUAUGUUGCAGCGCAAUUGCUUCUACCUUUUGGGGAAGAAAAUAUCCUCUCUUCUUCAGAGAUAAAACAGGCAGAGGAGAUAGCUACCAGGAUGGUGAUUCAGUACGGUUGGGGUCCUGAUGACAGCCCAACAAUUUAUCAUCAUAACAAUGCGAGCACUGCUUUAAGCAUGGGGAACAAACAUGAGUAUGAGAUGGCAGCUAAAGUUGAAAAGUUGUAUUACUUGGCAUAUGAUAAAGCCAAAGUAAUUCUUCAGAGUAAUUAUCAGGUGCUAGAGAAAAUUGUGGAGGAAUUACUUGAACAUGAGAUCCUAACCAGGAAGGAUUUAGAAAGAAUAGUCUCAGAUAACGGCGGCGUAUGGGAAAAAGAACCAUUUUAUCUUUCAGAUGUUUAUGAGGAAGAGCCUGUUUUUCGAGACUUGAUCGAAAAUGGCAAUGCAUCAGGAACUGCUCUUUUAGGUACAGCAAAUUAGGGCCAGCAGGGAGCUGGAUAUUCCUUUGCCUGUUUUGAUGAUAUGAGUGCUGCUUGAGGAACUGAUUUCUUCGCUGAUUGCUGGAAAAUAUUUUCUAGCAUCUUUCCAUCAAAUUUCUAUGUUCUAGAGAUCACCUUUCUGUACGAUCUUUGGUUGAAUGUCGAGAACUCCAAGCUGGCCAAAUUUGCCUCAGCAUUUACUUACGACAUUAAAUAAUGGAGAGAGUUGAAGAGAUGAAAAAAUCCUCGCAUUUUCAUUGAAAAUGGAUUAGUUUGUCAAAAGAAUUUUGUGCUCAUCAAAGUGCUUUUCUGAUCAUCAAUCAGAGACCAAGGGCUUAGAACUUUUAUGAAUGAUGAGGAUUCGGAAUUGAGGUGCAAGUUAGGUAGCUGUACAGAGGCAUGGUUUCAUGUGAUGAUCAGGAUGUCAUUAUAUCCUUUCCAAGACUUGCUAAAUUCGAAAAUUGAGAGCAUCUGAAUUUUAUUUCUGUAUAAAGUUUGUAUAUCAAUGUCAUUACUUAUUGACUAUUGUAAACAAUUGUCCUCGGCAUAGUGGCAAAAAUGAGUUAUCUUUUGCCAAAAUCUUUGCACAAUAUGUACUAGAGAUGAAAAGUUUUUUGACAAUAUUUGUACGUAAGCUUUGUGUCAAGACUGUAAUUUGCAUAAUCUAGGUGUAAACUGAAAGUUAUUCAUCAUUUAUACAGAAUUUUACUUCCGAAUAA